AUGAUUCCACCGAUACUCUCAACCAUUCUCCUCUUCGCUCUCGGCGCCCACGGUGCUCCAUCAGUAAAGCUUGGGAAAACGACUGUGGUCGGAACUACCCUGCCGACUUUUGGACAGGAGCUUUUCGCAGGCAUCCCGUAUGCUGAGCCGCCCAUCGGAGAGCUUCGGUUCAAACCUACGGUUCUGACGACAUCGUUGAAUGGCUCCUCGUUCAAUGCUACUCAAUUCGGGCCGGCAUGUCUCCAACCGCUGUUGGGAGGCACCGCACAUAGUGUUCCCGCCGACACCACAAUCUCGGAGGACUGUUUAACCAUCAACAUUGUUCGUCCUAUAGGUAUCAACUCGACCUCAAAACUCCCCGUGAUGUUCUGGACUUACGGUGGUGGCUUCUUCGUGGGGUCAUCUGAGGUUUAUAAUGCCAGCGCUCUCGUCGCCCAUAGUGUGGCCAGAGGGACUCCCGUCAUUCUUGUCAAUUUCAACUACCGGCUUGGUCCUCUGGGGUGGCCGCAAGGGUCAGAAGCUUCCAAUGAAGGGUCUUUGAACCUUGGGCUCAGAGACCAGGUGGCUGCUCUCGAAUGGGUCCAAAAGAACAUCGGCAAGUUUGGCGGUGACAAGCGCAAAGUCCUCGCGUUCGGAGAGAGCGCGGGAAGCAUGAUGACUUCGAUGCUGUUCUUGAGCCCACAAAUGGACAAACUGUUUCGGGCUGCGGUACAGAAUCAUUCUCUCCGCCAUAUCUCAAAGAGGACUCAGAUGAAUCACAGAUACUCGAAUCCGGAUCUCAAUCACUGGGACCCGGUGAUUGACGGUCCGGGUGGGCUGAUACCGGAACUUCCUUCGAGACUUCUCCUGAAAGAGAAAUUUGCCAAGAUUCCUUUUAUCGCCGGGACAAACUUGGAUGAAGGGACGUUUUUCACGCCGACACUGAUGAAUUCUUCCGCCGAAAUUAACGCUACCAUGAUCGCCGGGCGCUCUCCUGGCCCUUCCCCUGCAGAACUUCAAGCUUCGAUCUGCAGAAUUCUCGAACUCUAUCCAGACGAUCCUUCGCUCGGGUCGCCGUUGGGAACUGGAAACGAGACCUUUGGUUUGAGUAGUCAGUACAAGCGCUACGCAGCGAUCGAGGGAGAUGUGGAUUUCCACUCUCAGCGGCGGUUUUGGAUCAACGCAGCAGCCAACGCGAGUGUACCCACCUUUGGCUACCUGUUCACGCAGCCCCAGCCGCAACUCGCCCCUCAACUCGGCGUCGAACAUGGAUCUGAGAUCGAUUACAUCUUGGGGGGGCUGAAUGAUACAUCAGCCUCGUCCGUGUUGCUCAGUCAAAUCAUGAUGGACUAUUGGAUUUCUUUCGCCACGAGUCUGACACCGAACGAUGGGAUCGGCUCCGAGCGUCCGGAAUGGAAACAAUUCACCCCCGCAUCAAAGGUAGACCAUUGA